UUUCCGAUUGCUCUUUUACGAAUAAAAGACAAGGUUGUAAAAGAUUUCAGCUCUUCAUCGGCUGCGAAUACCACAACAAACGGGAAAGAUGUCUUCGGCUUUAGACAGCUCGAGCGAAACUGGUCGCAGAAGAAGAUAUCGCGAUCGGGUUGCGGACCAAGAAACGACUGAGGAAAUGGACGAAGCAGCCAAGAGAAGGGAACAAAGGAGAAAAGAGCGGGAAGCAAGGCGUGCAGAAAGAGAUGCAGAAGACGCAGCUGAUGAAGAGAAGAGAAGAAAGGAAAGGGAAGAGCGACGAAAAAGGAGAGAUGGUGGAGGUGGAAGAGACGAACCUGCUGAAGAGAAUGCAUCAGCACGCCGCCGCCGUGAGAGAGAGGAGGAGGAGAAGAGAAAGGCUGAGGAGGAGGCAGCAGAGAAAAGGCGCAAAGAAGAAGAAAGACAAAGAGAGGAAGAGAGGCUAAAAGAGGAAGAACGGCGAAGAAGACGUGAAGAAGAGGAGGAGGAGGAGAGAAGAAGAAUGGAAGAAGAAAAAAACCGACUCAAUCAAGAUCAUGUUGAUGGAGAUGAACAGGAUGAAGAAGAGGAAGAAGACGAGGAGGAAGACGAAGAAGAAACUAUAGUUGACAGACUGAAUCCCCAGAAAAAGCAGGCAAUUCUUGAGGGACUGGCUAUGGAACUGCGUCGCAUUGUUGAAGAGCGGGAAGCCAAGAAUGAACCUGCCAGCAAAGAAGAACUAGAUGCACUUGACCUCAAACUGCGCUCCCUUCGAAUGCAAUUUCGAAAAGCUGAGGAGAAUUCUAAUGCUCUUGCAAAACAAAAGAGAGAAUUAGAAGAAAAAAUAAAGAAAAACGCCAAUGAUAUCAAUAGGCUUCGUACAGAGGUGAAGAAAACAGAGGAGGAAAAUAACCUCUUAAUUAAAGAGGGAAAGAAGGUGGCGCCGCAGAGAACAGUUAAGAAGACUCUUCCACCGAAGAAAGGAAACUUUGUAAACGUGGUGCGUAAAGCUCAGGCUGCAGCAUGGGAAGAGAAGUUCAUGGCCAUGAAGGCCAAGCAAAAGGAGUCUAACAAGAUGAGCGAGGAACUCAUGAGCAAAAUGAACCGUGUCAAGCGUACAGACAGCCCUCUACUCACUGGCCUCAAAAAGGAUAAAAAAGACAAAAAGAAGGAAGAAAAGGAGGCUGCGCCUGCCUGGGCUAAAACCCAACUGAAGAAAGGAGGUAACAAGCCAUGGAGUGACGACAAGAAGAAGGAUGGAGAGAAGAAGCCUGACUGGUCAGGACGGGUGGCUCUCAAGAAGACAGAGAAAAAAGACGGAGGGGACCUUGGUGAGUCAAAGAGGCAGGACUGGCGAGAGGGACUGAAAAAGGCUCCGAAAAGUCCUGGUGUGGACGGAGAAGCAGGUGAUCCUGAGUGGAAGGGUGUCAGUUUGAAAACCACCGGAAGGCACGACGAAGACGAUUAAACUUGAACUGAUUUAGGGUAGUUUUAUACUUAAACUUGAUUUAUGUGAGCAUUUUUGUCCUAAAAGCCAAGUUUUAGGCUCUUUUUUGGAUUUUUUUUCUAAGCCCGUCAAUCUUUCCAACAUGAAGAUGUUAUAGUAGAGCUGGAUCUUUAGAAGAUACUCACAUGAGUGUAGGAGUGCAACUAACUUCAUUUGAUGCUAAGUAAAAACCCUCGUACCUCUAUCAAAACUCCCCAAGGUUCCUCUCCUCCACCUUGUGCGAAACCGGAGCAUUUCUGGAAGAUUAGGGCUCAGAAAGUUAGAAAUGCUCCUUCAAGAAUUGGAAUUGGUCAGGUUAUCGAGUCUGCUUUUUCGAUCAAGGUGGCAUUUACAACUUCACAGGAAUUUUCCUAUCUUGUUGAAACUUUAACGAGUCCCAUUUUCAGCUAAAAACUUCCCUGCUCUUGCUUCCAAUUAUUUAUCAAAUUAAUUGGUCUUUUAUUAAGGAUCGAGAGCUGAUUUCUCUCAGCCCUCCAUGCUUCAUUCUAUUGGAAUAAUGCGGAGAGAAAUGACUUCUAGACUUCUCUUGGGGCUGAGAGGGUAAAUAGAUCUAAAAAUUUAUGGAGAUAAAAGGGUUUGGAUUAUUCUUUCAGCUUCCUUAACUAAGAAACGUAUUUUUGUAUUGUUAUCAAUUCCAACUUAGAAUCGAUAGUUGCUCGAUUAAUUACUACCAUGGGGAGGGUAGAUGGAAGAUGAAAUUAUAAAUUGCUGGUGAAAAUGCUUUCCUCAAAGUUAUGACCUGAGUUGCCUUAGAUUGUUUAAUCAGCUUAGUGUUUUUUUAUGUGGUUAGUUUGUUUGAAGAGGCAUCAUGAAAAAUUUUUAAAUUGAAAUAUAUCUUGUAAUCGGGCUGUAUUUUAUAACAGAAUUGUAGCCGUUGUAUGGCAUUUAUUUUUCACUAAUUCAAUAAAGUUGUUUUUCCUAGUAA